CUCCUCAACGCCGUGACUCAAGCCUAUUGUGCCAGGCAGGGCGCACUCAGCAGUGCAGCCCCACAGGUGGCAGCGGCGCGGCGAGAGGGCUCCCGCCAGGCCAAGCAGUGGAGUGCCGCACAGCGCGCCUUCCCGCCUCCCAGCCGCCACCCAAGCAGUUCCGACCCAGCGCCAACAGGCCUGCUUGGUCGAUCUUCGAGCCAAAGAUGCGGCGAGGCUGGAAGAUGGCUCUGUCUGGGGGGCUCCGGUGCUGCCGCCGGGUACUGUCCUGGGUGCCAGUGCUCGUUAUUGUCCUCGUCGUGCUCUGGUCCUACUAUGCCUACGUCUUUGAACUCUGCCUGGUGACUGUUUUGAGCCCAGCAGAAAAAGUUGUCUACCUCAUACUCUACCAUGCCAUCUUUGUGUUCUUUACCUGGACCUACUGGAAGUCUAUUUUUACACUCCCACAGCAGCCAAACCAGAAGUUCCAUUUGUCCUACACAGACAAGGAACGCUAUGAAAAUGAAGAGAGACCUGAGGUCCAGAAGCAGAUGCUUGUUGAUAUGGCCAAAAAGCUACCAGUUUACACAAGAACUGGAAGUGGAGCUGUACGAUUCUGUGACCGGUGCCAUCUGAUCAAGCCAGACCGCUGCCACCAUUGCUCUGUCUGUGCCAUGUGUGUGUUAAAAAUGGAUCAUCACUGCCCCUGGGUUAAUAACUGCAUUGGAUUUUCCAACUACAAAUUCUUCCUUCAAUUCUUAGCUUACUCUGUUCUCUACUGCCUGUACAUUGCUACAACAGUCUUCAGCUAUUUCAUCAAAUACUGGAGAGGGGAAUUACCCAGUGUUCGAUCUAAGUUCCAUGUCCUUUUUCUUCUCUUUGUGGCCUGCAUGUUUUUUGUCAGCCUUGUGAUUCUCUUUGGUUACCAUUGUUGGCUUGUCAGCAGAAACAAAACCACCUUAGAGGCCUUCUGCACUCCAGUGUUUACAAGUGGCCCAGAGAAAAAUGGGUUCAACCUUGGCUUCAUCAAGAAUAUCCAGCAGGUGUUUGGAGAUAAGAAGAAGUUCUGGUUAAUACCUGUUGGGUCCAGCCCUGGUGAUGGACACUCCUUCCCUAUGAGGUCUAGGAAUGAGUCACAGGACCCACUGCUAGCAAAUGAAGAACCCUGGGAAGACAAUGAGGAUGACAACCGAGAUUAUCCAGAAGGCUCGUCAUCUCUUGCUGUGGAAACGGAAACAUAGCAGUUUUCAUAUUUCCUGCAUCUCUCAGACAGGACUCUCCAUCUCCAUCUCCCAUGAGGCUUACAGAGUUCAGUGUUGGAAAUCAUUGUAAUCUUCAAAAUAAGUCACCGUGUUGGACUGAAACCUUCAAAAUUUGAAAGAAUUCCAUCCAAUACUUGCUGUGCAAAUGUUUCUGGACUUUACAUUAUUUAAUUUUCUGACCGAAAUCCAACUUGGUAUUUGGUAGCAGUUAAUUCAAGCCAGAUUUUUUGUUUCUUCAUUUCCCCUGCCCCAAUCCAUGAAAGUCUGCAUGUAAAAUAUAUCUUUUCAUUCAUCGUAUCAGGUAAAAGGGAAUUCAGAAAAUUUCCUUGGAGUCUUUAAUUUAUCCGCAAAGAUUAUUAAUCCCAUAAUAGGGCCUUUUUGGUGUUGAAGGGAAUCAGACUACAUUUGUUGCUUAUGUGCAUGUGUAUUUGUGAACAUAGACAGCAUAUCUAUACAAAAUUCUGCUAUAGUGUGAAAAUCAAGGCUAAAAACCUGAUUAUGAUUUUUCUGUAAAUAGCAACUUAAGUAUUUACUAGACUUUGAACCAUCACUAUAUCAGGUAUCUAAAUUUUGGGAUGGUGACUGAAUACACUGACCAAGGUCCUCAAAUUGGGACUUGAACAACAAUGUAAAAGCUAUUCCAUCACAAAUGUUCCUGAAAGCAACCAUAAGAUGAAAAUCAGGACUUACACUUUAUUGAACAUAAUAAUCAGUGUUUUAAAGAUGUCUAAUGUCAGAUUGCGGUAGAAUUCUCCAAUUACUUUUAUUUAUUUAUCUGCUACCUAGUUUUAUUU